AGUACGGAUAAUGACAGUGGAGCAUGAGGAGGUACAGAUGACAGUGUUAUUUUUCGUGAUUAAGUAUUGACUCAGUGUUUAGGAACGCACACGCCACAAAGCAAGGAGUCCUGUUCUUGGCGGCACUACACAGUUGUAGUGAACACUCCUCCCUUGCCAACACGAGGCAACAGCCCGGCGCCUCCGUCCACACAGGAGUUCCAUCCGCUCGCCAGACAAGUCUUUACACCAGAGUCAUCACUACACCACAAGACCAACAUUAACUUUCAUCAUCAAAGUGGCCUAAAUGAUGAUGAUGGCGGUGAUGAUGAUGGUGGUAGUGGCAGUGCCUCAAGUCCUCACGAAGGCCCCCGCCAUGUUGCGCCCAGCUAGACACCCCCUGGGCAGCACCGUGGGGCAUGUGGUGGAGCAGCACCUGGCGGGGUGUCAUCUGGUGGCUGCCACCUGGCACCGCCACUCCCUGGGUCUGGACAACGUGCUCAGCUCCCUCGACUCCUUUCAAGUAGCGAGGAUAGUUCUAGACGCCAGCAUACUCGCUUCUCCCCACGCCGCUGCCAACACCACCACCUCCGUCACCGCUGCUUCCUCUGCUGCUACUGGCGAAAGAGCAGCCUCGCCUCAACUUUGGAGGAGAGUGAUGGAUGGGCAGGGGCGUAAUUGCAGAGCUGUUAUCCUUGAUGUGACGGACUAUUCUUCUUCUUCUUCUUCUUCUUCGUGGUUGCCUUCGUCGCCGCCGCCGCCACCGUUGCUAUCAUCGUCGUCGUCUCCGCCACCAUCCUCGUUUUCCUCAUCCAGCUCAUCGUUCAACACUUCGUCUCUCUCGGCAAAUGUCGCCUACUCCUCCACUUCCGUGUCCAAGAUUGACCAGUUAAUGUCGUUCCUACAUCUGUACCUAUGGCCGGCAACACGCGUAGUGGCCCUCGGAUCCCAUCAGGCCGCCGAGCCCGUCCUGGCCAGCCACGCCCUCAGGAACACGGCCCACGCCCUCUUCUUGGCUCCGUCCACCACCAAAUGCGGCAGGGAAGGCCGGUGUGUGAUGCUCCUGUCCCGCUGCAUGUACUGCUAUCCUGGCGGUGUGCCCGGCGUGAGGGUGAGCCCCAUGUGGCAGGCAGAGCAGGCCCUCCCCAGUCACCUGCAGCUCUUCCCAGGCGGGUUCGAGGACAUGUCUGGCCACAGCGUGCGAGUGGUGGCCAAGACGUUGUUUCCCUUCAUGGAGUUCGAGAGACAUGAUCCUGCUCCCGGCGCCCCCGUCACCCCCAUGGACUCCCUUGACGUCAGAAUGCUGGACACGGUGGCCGAGAUCCUUAACUUCACGUACGUGGUGCGCCCCCCGAAGGACGAGCAGUGGGGCACGAAGGUGGACGGCGUGUGGACGGGCAUGGUGGGCACGCUGGAGGCCGAGGAGGCGGACGUGUCCAUGAUGCUCUUCUGGUCGUUCGCCAGGAAGCAAGUGAUCGACUUCACUCGAAUCUACACCAACGAACCCUUUGUUAUGAUCACCCGCAAGCCCCGCCCCCUGCCUCAGCACCUCGCGCUCGUCCGCCCCUUCUCUGACAUCGUGUGGACAGCUGUAUUGUUCAGCACCAUGCUAGCUGGCGGCGCACUGUGGGCGCUGCAGAAGACGUGGGCAAGCUUCUCAGGGGGACACGCGCCUUCGCUCAGCACCUCCCUCCUGCACACCUGGGGGAUGCUACUGGAGGACCCUCCCGUCAAGACACCCUCUAACACCACAGGACAGAUGUUGGUGGGGUGGUGGUGGCUGUUCUGUCUACUGCUGACUGCUUCCUACCGCUCCUCCCUCAUCGCCCACCUCUCGGUCCCCACCACGCCGCCGCCCAUCGACACCCUCAAGCAGCUCCUCAGCGUCCCCGGGGCCACGUGGGGCAUUGAGCCUGGGUUUGGCCUGGGUUGGGACUGGUUCAAGCUUAACCAAAAUCCAGAAGUCCAGGCGAUGUUCAGGACUCUUCAGGUGAUGGACAUGGCCGAUCAGAUGCCCCAGGUGCUGAAGGGUCGCCACGCCUUCUUCACGUGGAAGUACUACAUCAAGACUAUCGUGGCGUCCCGGUACACCAACCUGCAGGGCGUCACUCCGAUACACAUGGGCCUCGAGGAGUUUGUACCAGGCUCUACUGGGUGGGGCGUCAGAAAGGGCCUGCCGUUCCUGCCACCGAUGGACAGGAUCCACGACCGGCUGGUGGAGGCGGGGCUCGUGAACCACUGGCUGGACGAGCUAUUCGAGACAGCCAUGAAGAAGGCAAGGAAGGAGGCGGCGGCAGCGCAGGAGGAGGCUGAGAGAAAAGGAGAAAAAGUGGAUACGUCGCUCCUGUCAGAUGAUGAGUCAGGUAAAAGAGAGCAGUUGGUGCUGACGCUAAAUCACCUGCAGGGCGCCUUUUACCUGUUGCUGCUGGGGGUGGGCGUGGCCUGCCUGCUGCUGGUGGGCGAGAACGUGCUGGCUCGCUCCUUCCCCUCCCAGUCUGCUGCCUCGCGAGACCUUCCCGUUCAUAAGCAUCUUAGUAAACCCACAAAUAUUCUAAAACUUUGAACUUCACUUCAUAGCAUACAGUUCAUACAUAAAUACACACAUACUGCGUACAUACAUAUAUACAUACAUACAUAUUGUGCAUAUAUUCAUACACAUAACUGCAUACAUUCAUGUGGAGUAAAAACAUGAUUUCACGUAUAAGUAUACGUACAUAUUAUAGAAAGUUUAUUGCGAACAGAAAAAAAAUUAUUCUCUCUCUCUCUCUCUCUCUCUCUCUCUCUCUCUCUCUCUCUCUCUCUCUCUCUCUCUCUCUCUCUCUCUCUCUCUCUCUCUCUCAGUACAGUUGAUCAUGAUGCCCUCCUGAUAAGUUCAUAUGCGAAUACUGUUAUUGCCAUUGUUAUUACUAUUUUUACCAUCAUUUUCUUUCCUUCUUUUGGUUGGGUUAGUAAUGACAGCAAGGCACUGAAUGUUUUCCCUUUAACUCGUAUUCCCACUCUGCCAGACCCACGAUUAUGGAUUUGCGUUCAUCAUUAUAAGUAAUUGCUUAGUAAUUCCUUUGAAUUAUUUAGUCAGAGCAGCCUUUCUUACCAUGUACUUAAGUCUACAAUUGCUGAUGUUUAGUUUCCUUCAAGACUAUAAUAAUGAAAUUAAUGGAAAUUACUACUUGAUAAUUUUAUACUUUUUGUUCAUCAAAUUGGUCGUGUGUACUGGGAAAAGUCACUCUGAGACAACGCCAAACUGUUUGUCGUUGAAUAUAUCUAAACAUGGCGUCUACUUAUACGAACUCCCUCAUGGGGUGGUCGUUGCGGGAUUCCACGAGCAGAGGGCAGCAGCCGGUAGACAUACUCGGACGAUUGUAACCACAGCAAGUCCAGAUAGCUGGGAUUCAUGACAUAAGUAAUUAACUUUCGCAAGAGUAAUAAAAAUAUUUGGCA